CAACCCACAAAGCAUAUCUAUAACACAAAAGCAUCAAAUUGAACGUUCUGAAAUAAUCCUCAUCUUCAAUUAGGGCUCCAAAAACCUCACUUUUCCCCCUUUCUCAAACCCUAACUCCAUUCAAUCCAUCGCUUCAAUUCCUUCAGUCCGCCAUGAAUCGACCUUAAAAUCCUUCCAAUUUUUACCUCAAUUGAUGCUUUUACACAAUGUCAGAACCUAAUACGAACAAUCAGCACCAUCUGCAUCAAUCCAUGUACGAUUCCGUUAAUCUACACCAUCACCAUCAUCAUCAUCAUCAACAAAUGGUUGAAGAUGUGAUUGUGCAGGAAGAUGAUGAUGUUGCAGGUGGAGAAGAGGAGUCGAUUGAUAACCCUAGCCAGAUGCGUUACGAACAGCAUAAUCAUAAUAUUAAUAUUAAUCAGCAUCAGUUGCAGCAGCAUGAGUUGCAGAGUGCUGGUGGUGGUGGUGGUGGUGGUGGUAUGGAGGAUAUGAGUGUUGGUGUUGUUCAGCCGCAUGGGUUGUAUGUGCCGGAGACUGAUAUUCAGCCGGUCAGUGGUGGAGGAGGCGGUGGAGGUGCCGAUCAGCUUACGCUGUCGUUUCAAGGGGAGGUUUAUGUGUUUGAUGCCGUUUCGCCCGAAAAGGUGCAAGCUGUGUUGUUGCUCUUGGGUGGGUAUGAAGUGCCAACUGGUGCCCCUACUUUAGGGGUCCCACCUCAAAGUCAAAGGGCUUUGACUGAAUUUCCUGCAAGGUCGAGUCAACCACAAAGGGCUGCUUCGUUGAGUCGGUUCAGGGAGAAGAGAAAGGAAAGAUGUUUCGAUAAGAAAAUUCGUUAUACUGUACGCAAGGAAGUUGCCUUAAGAAUGCAGCGUAAAAAGGGUCAGUUUACAUCAUCUAAGGCAGUCUCUGAUGAAGCUGGUUCAGCUACAUCAGAUUGGAACGGUGGUACGGGCCAGGAUGAAGAAACAAUAUGCAGACACUGUGGAAUCAGCUCAAAGUCCACUCCAAUGAUGCGUCGUGGGCCUUCUGGCCCAAGGACGUUGUGUAAUGCAUGUGGACUCAAAUGGGCCAACAAGGGAGUUUUACGAGACCUUAACAAAGUUUCAGCACCGGGGGCUCCAGACCUUACAGGAAAGACUAUUGAGCAGAGUGAUGGAGAAGCGAAUGACACAAAUGCUGUGAAUGCGAAUACUAUGGUGGUCUUUAAUGAGGUAGACACCUCAGCUGUGGCACCUGAAAGUAGGUGAGGAGGAGCUUCUAGUUUUGUUGCUUGCACAAGGUGUAAAAUAAGAGAUGUUGCAUUCACAGUAGUUGUUACAAUGACUGUAGAUAUUGGUUCUCAUGAUGAGAUUGUUGCACCAUUUUUAGAGAUUUGCUAUUUAAUUUACAUCUUUUUUAUGAGAUUGUUCUCAUGAA